AUGUCUGCCACGUUGGAGGUACACGAUCUGAAGCGUGUCAUAGGGGAUCGCACCAUCUUGACAGACAUCAGCUUCAGCGUACGUGCCGGAGAAAAACUCUUCAUCAGGGGACCUAGUGGCGUCGGCAAGAGCUUGCUCCUCCGUGCGCUUGCCUACCUCGAUCCUAUACAGGGUGGCACCCUCUUCCUGGACGGCAAAGCACCAGAGCAAAUUGGCGUGCCGCAGUGGCGGACACAAGUCACCUACGUGCCGCAGUCUCGCACGCAGCAGAAGGGCACACCUUCAGAGCUGUACUUUGCAGCCCAGCAAUUCAAGGCACAGCGAGGACGGCCCAGAGGGGACCUUCCAGCGCUUGUGGCAGAGCUUGGCUUGGAACAGAGCGUGCUCAACCAGCCCUGGAUUGAGCUCUCGGGCGGACAGGCACAGCGGGUGACAUUGGCGAUCUGCAUAGCGCUGAAGCCCACCUUCCUGCUACUGGACGAGCCGACAUCAGCGCUGGACCACGACUCAGCGCUGGCGGCUGAGCGCGUGCUGACAUCAUCCGGCUGCGGCCUGAUCUGGAUCACCCACGAGGACGCCCAGCCCCUGCGCGUCGGCGGCCGCGUCCUGCAGCUGCCCCUGGGCACAGAGGUAGUUACAUACCCUAAAUAG